AUGGAUGUCAAAGACUUAAUUGAAGAUCUCCAAGCAAGCCUCACUUGCUCCAUCUGCUUGGGCUACUUCAGAGAUCCAGUGACUGUCAAUUGUGGCCAUAGCUUUUGCAAAGGCUGUCUCAGACAUUGCAGGGUGGGAGCCCAGGAAACCUUAACCUGCCCAGAGUGCAAAGAAGAGAUCGAUUAUGGCAGGGACCUGGUGAGCAACAGGAGCCUGCAGCAGCUGUCCAUCACCACCAAAAUGCUCAGACCUCAUCUAGUGCAGGCCCUUGUGGGCCUGAGCACCUGUGACAAACAUGGAGAAAAGGAGAAGCUCUUCUGUGAGCAAGACCACAGACUCCUCUGUGACUCCUGUUCCUUGGCCCCAGAACACAAGGAUCACCAAGUCCUUCCCUUGGAAACAGCGGCUGCCAAGGCCAAGAAGAAGCUCUUGGAGACACAGAAUGUCUUAAAAAGGAAAGAGGAAUGUCUUCAAGAGGCAUGGGACCAGGCCAUAAGAUCAGAGGCAAGAUGUAAGAAGUACGCCCUCAAUUCCCAAAGCUUACUUAUGUCUGAAUAUGACAAAAUGCAUUAUUUCUUAUGGGAGGAAGAAAUUCUACAAUUAAAAAAUCAGAAGCAACAAUUGAGAAACAACAUGGUAAAACAUGAGAGGCACAAAGUCAAACUAUCACAAGACAUCCAAAGUGUGCAACGAGUCCUAUUGGAAGUGGAGGAGCAUGUGGAGGGGACCCCCUCAGAAAUGCUCCAGGGUAUGAAAGGCACCUUGGACGAAAGUGAGAAGCUGCUCUGUCAAGAGCCAGAGGUUGUCUACGAGGACUGGACCAUCUUUCCCAUCAAUGGCCUGAGAGAAAUGCUCAUGCCCUUCUACAGGGAUAUAACUCUGGAUCCAGAGACAGCCCAUGCUCAUCUCGUCCUGUCUGAAGACCUCAAGAGCGUCAAGUACACGAGCGUCCCCCAGGACCUGCCCAACAACAAAGAAAGAUUUGUCCAUUUGCUGAUCGUCCUGGGGGCCCAGACCUUCACCUCAGGCAGACACUAUUGGGAAGUGGAGGUGGGAGAAAAGACAGAGUGGGAAGUGGGCAUCUGUGAAGAGUCCAUCAGCAGAAAGUGGAAGCGCUCCCCGUUCCCCGGGGAUGUCAGAACCCUGGCCAGCUGCAGACAUCAAGGUCGUUUCUUACUAUGGAAUUCACAGGAUGGCUAUUAUCCAACCCCACCUGUCCACAAAGUGGGCAUCUUUCUGGAUUAUGAAAGGGGACACGUAGCAUUUUACAAUGCCAUAGAUAGAAUUCUUCUCUGUAGCUUCCCAAACAAGGCCUUUCAAAAGCCUAUGCGACCUUGCUUCUCUCCCUGUCUUCCUGAUGAAGAAAUCACCCCCGGAUCUCUUAUUAUAUGUCCCAAGAGUACCCAGUAGAUGCCUGCCCAAUGAUCAUCCUGAUGAGGAGAUACCUUCCUUUUCAAGCAAUGAAA